AUGUCAGCCGCAACUGAGGUUCCUGUCCUAAUUGUGGGUGGCGGCGCAUGUGGUCUGGCUCUAUCAUGUUUCUUGUCGAACUAUGGAGUCAAACAUUUUCUUCUCGAGCGACGCCUAGAGACGUCCAAAUUGCCAAAAGCGCACUAUCUGAACCAGCGUACAAUGGAAACCUUCCGCCAGCACGCGAUGGUGGAUGAAAUCCUUCAGAAAGCCUGUCCUCCAAAGUAUAUGAGCCGGGUCGCGUGGAUGACAUCCCUCGGGGGCUCUGAACCGAUGGACCGGCAGGUGAUUCAUACACUUCCAUGCCAUGGAGGCGAAGCCAAAUCAGCCGAAGCGGAGGCCUACAGGCGAGAUGCACCAUUGCGAUCAGUCAAUCUCCCACAAAUGCGACUCGAACCGAUCUUACGACAACUGGCCGAAAAUAGAAAUCCUGGCUGUAUUUUGUACAACACCGAAGUAACACAAGUCCAUGAAGAGGAGAUAUCGGUGGUGGUGGUCGGCACCGAUGCCACAAAUUCGCAGCUCCUCUAUCGCUGCCAGUACCUCAUUGCGGCCGAUGGAGGACGGACGAUCGGCCCUAGAGUGGGGAUUAACAUGCUAGGCCCGACAGGACUUGCAGAUAUGGUCUCUGUCCAUUUCAGUGCCGAUUUAUCUGCCUUUUGGGACGAUCGUAAUAUUCUCUGUUAUCUCCUGAAUGAAUGCCCGGGGAGUGGGCCCGAGAAGGGUGUGAUCGUUCCUACAGGGCCAACAUGGGGAAGGCAUUCCGAAGAGUGGGUAUUCCAGGUCGGGUUUGAUCACAACGAUCCACAGAGAUUUCAAGAAGAUGUCCUGAUCGCCAAAGUUCGGAAUCUGCUGAAGACACCUGAUGUCGACAUCAAGGUCCACAAGAUCAGCCACUACGCUAUUGAGCGGGUAUUAGCAGAUGCCUAUCAAAAGGGAAACAUCUUUGUUGUGGGUGAUGCGGCACAUCGACAGCCGCCGACCACCGGGUUAGGACUUAAUACGGGAUUGGAGGAUUGUUUGAACCUGGCCUGGAAAUUAGCUCUGGUCCUCCGCUAUGGUGUCAGUCCAUCGGUUCUCAACACGUAUGAGUCUGAACGUCGGGCGGUUGGCGAGAAAAACUGUGACUGGGGCUUAUUUACAUUCAACAAUUCAGUCCUCAUUGAUGCUGCGAUGGGAUUGAUCACCCCACUUAUGAAGGCGAAUCAGGACCGACUCAGGUUCCUCUUUACGAAAUCUGCCCAAGCUCAAAGUCUUCGGGCUCAGCUUGCCCGGAUUGUCAGUUCUCAAGACGUUGAGCUCUCUACACACGGUAUUGAAUUAGGGUUUCAGUAUGAUCACGGCUUUUUUAUCGCCGAAUGUGGUCCCUCGCCCCUAUCUGAUCCGCUUGGAAUCCAAUACUUCCCCACAACCAAACCUGGUAAUCGAUUGCCACAUGCGUGGAUCCAAAGCAAAGAUGGAAUCAAAUCUACACAUGACCUGGUAGGCGCGCAUGGAGCGUUUGGGCUCAUUAUCGAUAAAGAUGGCGCACCUUGGGCAUCGGCGGCGAGAAGUGCAUCCAUAAUCCAUGGUGUCAAUAUUUCAAUUGCAGAAAUUGACGGUGGAUGUCAGUACCAGGACUACGAUGGUCAAUGGGACCAAGUGAAGGAAAUUGGCACCGGCGGGGCUUUAUUGGUUCGUCCGGACAACAUAGUUGCUUGGCGAUCAAUACACAGAAGUCAAACCACUGGCCAAGAGUUAGUGAGGGCAUUAGAACAUUUAUUCGCCUGCAAUUUCGAACCUUUCGGUGGAAGAAGAUCCACCAAGCUCUGA